UGAGUUUACUUCCAAGCUAGGGUUUUUUCGAGUUAAACAAUUAUUAGUCACUGGGCCCUCUGAAAAGUAUUACAUAGUAGAUGGGGAUGAUGGAAUUAGGGUCAUCCUUAGCCUUCUAUGUGAGAAAUUUAAAGUCGUCAACUUCUUUGUUGUGGAGGAGGGUGAGUUCACUGUCGUUGCCCAAAAUAUCACACAAUAUGUUGAAUCAUGUUGUGUAGAUGUUGAGGUUGGUACAGAUUGUGAACACAGUCCUGGUUCUGUUGAUGAAUGGGAUCUUUCUGAGGGUGAGGAAUGUGAUUUAGAGUGGAUGGAUGCUAUUAGCAAUGAAAGGGGAAGAGUAGUAGGUGACAGGUUGGAAAGCUUCAAAGAAUUGCAAGUUGGUAUGACAUUUAAAGACAUGAAAGAAGGUAGACAGGUUAUGAAUUAUUAUGCAUUAGCUAACAAAAGGGCUUUGACUAUAAUAAAAGGUGAUACAAAGAGAACUAGGUAUGGUUGUGAUAUAGGAUGUCCCUUUAGGUGUUUGAUUCAAAAGAUGGCAAAACUGAAGGGUUUAAGAUAAAGACUUUCAUCAAUAAGCACACAUGUGAGGAGACCUUUUUUAAUGCUAGAGCUGAUGCAGUUACUUUAGCUCAAUACUUCAAGAACAAGCUUCAAAAUAAUCCCAAGUAUAAGGUAAAAGAUAUGAGAGGAGAGCUUGAAAAUGACUUAAAAUUGAAUGUGUGUCAGUCUAAACUUAAAAGGGCUAAGAGGAUGGCUCUUGAGAAGUUGGAUGGAAGUUUUAUUGAUGACUACAACAAGCUUGAGGACUAUGCACAAGAGCUUAAGCAAUCCAAUCCCAGAAGUGAUGUUUUGAUAAAUAUCUCUAAGGAUGCCCUGGCUGAAGGAAAAAGAAAAUUUUUAAGGAUGUACAUCUGUUUUGAUGCUCUUAAGAAAGGGUGGAAAUCUGGUUUGAGGCCAUUUAUUGGACUUGAUGGUACAUUUUUGAAAGGUAUAUGUAAGGGUAUUCUGUUGGUUGCUCUAGGACAAGAUUCUAUGAACAGUUUCUAUCCACUAGCAUGGGCAAUAGUGGACAAAGAAACAAGCAACACAUGGUGCUGGUUUAUUGAGUUAUUGAAGGGGUCUUUGGACCUUAAAGAUGGUGCAGAAGUCACAUUCAUUUCGGAUAUGCAAAAGGUAUGAUGCUGUUUUUAAUUCACUUUCAUUCACAAAUUUACUCACUGUUUUUACACACUCUUUAACAUAAUGUACCAACUGUUUUUACUCAACUUGUACUCAUUGUACUUCUGUUUUUAACACUUAGUUAUUCUCAACUUUCACUGUUACAGGGACUGAUAGAUGCUGUUGUCAAAGUGUUGCCUGAAGCUCAACAUAGGUAUUGUGUGAGACACAUUGAGAGUAACUGGUGCAGAAAAUGGAGGAGUGGUCAAAUGAGAAAGCUGAUGUGGUGGUGUGCUUGGAGUUCCUAUGUUGAAGAGUUGAAGGACCAAUUAAAUAAGUUGGGGAAACUAUCAGAAGAUGGUGCAAGAAAUUUGGUAAAGUAUCCACCAAAGGCAUGGUGUAGAGUUUAUUUUGAUACUCAGUGUAAGAACAUGAAGCCAAGCCAAUGAUCAAGAUGUUAGAAGAAAUAAGAGUACAAGUGAUGAGAUUGCUAGUGAAUAAUGAAAAGAAGUUGAAGACUUGGGUUACAGAUUUCAGUCCGGAAUGCAUGAAGUUGUACAUCGACUACAGGGCAUUAGCACACACUUGUAAGGUGGAGUUCAAUGGAGAUUGGGGCUAUGAAGUGUCUGAUGGAGAAGAUAGACACACUGUCAAUCUAAAGGAAAAGAGAUGCACUUGCAGAAUUUGGGAUUUAUCAGGUAUUCCCUGCCAGCAUGCCAUCAAAGCAUUGACACACAAAAAAGUAAAUCCAAUAACUGAAAUACAUUGGUGGUAUAGCAAGGAGGCUUACAUGCUUACAUAUAAAAACAAGAUGCAGCCUGUAAGAGGUCAAAAGUUUUGGAAGGUUGAUCCUUCAAGUGCAAUGUUGCCUCCUAAUGUUGUGAAACAAUUGGGUAGACCAAAAAUGAAAAGGAAUAGAGAACCAGAUGAAGCAAGAAAAAGAAAGGGUGAAUGGUCUCAGUCUAGAAAAGGCACUCAAAUGACAUGUAACAACUGUGGUGAAUCAAAUCACAAUGUCAAGUCCUGUUACAAGGAAAAGUGUGCUGAAAAUAAUGCACAUUCGAAGAAAGGCAAAAGGCCAAUGUCUAACAAUGAACAUGGUUCUGAUGUUGAGGGUGGAAUUGAAGCUGAAACUGGGGCUGAGGCUGUAACACAAGAGUUUGAACCAUAUGGUCCUAAUGUUGAAGAUGAAGAAGACCCACCUCUAAGACCAAUGGUGAUUUGUGAAUCGGAAUUGAGGGCUGAGAAGUUGAAAAAAAGGGUUGUUCCAACUGGUGCAAGAAAAAUUCAGUUUUAUGGAGAUCACACUGGUGCCUCAGUGCCAACUAAUCUACCUUAUUCUCCGAUCAAAACAACAUGAAAGGGAAAAGAAGUUGUCCCUGCUGGACAUGUGCAAAUGCAAGCAAAAAAGAAAAGAAUCAAGAUGAUGGGGGUUAAGGGCAGAAAUCCUGUUGUAGAUGAUGAUUUAUUGUAAUUUAUUUUCUAUGUUAAUUUGUGUUAAUGCUCAUGGUUAACAAUAUUGCUAAUGAGUAUUAAGUUAGGGGAAACUUUCAUAUGCCUUCAUAGAAUGGCAUCACAGACACCUUUUUUUGUUGUGGUUUGUCUUGUCAUUGUGAAUUUAAGACGUCUUCUUUUGAGUG